CUCCGGCGGAAGCGACGACCUCCGCGGCGCUUCCUUCCCUUUCCGUUACGUACAAGGACAAAAGAAAAAGCCACGGCAAACCAUAUUUCCUUGUCCCAGUUUAAAAGGAACUAAUUCCACACCGUUGAGCUGUCUGUCACAUCCUUUUCCUCUAUAAAUUUGAGGCCAACCAUGCAACAAAAAGAGAGAGAAGGAGGGGGAAAAAAAAAAUCGGUCGGAAUGAGCGGCGAGCAUGACCGGUGGGCAAAUCUACUGCCGGAGAUUCUACGCUCGAUCCGUGAGAGAUUAUCGUGGAAGGAUUAUUUUUCUUUCAGACUGACAUGUCGUGACUGGAAUUUCUCCACCGAGCUCGACCAUGGCAUCUACAAGAAGGUCAAGUAUCCGUUCCUGUUGCAUUAUCCCAAGGUCGCUAAAAGUACCGAUGAUCAUUCAUCGCCGUCGGUGGCCUCCAGUUGCUGUCGAGCCUACUCCCCUGCCUACGGCAAAACUUAUUAUAUGCGCGCACCGAAUGAAGUUUCCGACGCCUGUAUCUCUUGCGCCGCCUAUGGAUGGUUGCUUUUCUCUGGAGAGUUUCGAAUUUUCUUUUAUCGCCCCUCCACGGGAGACAUCAUUCAGUUACCCUAUUACGGGCCAAAUCUUCGUGGUAGCUUCAACCGGAUGAGUUUCUCGGCUCCGCCCACGUCCCCUGAUUGUGUGGUUGUGGGUCAAGUGGAUCUCAUCUCCGAGAAAGAAACAUUGAUCCUCUUUAUCCGGCGAGGACAGAGUUGUUGGAAUCACGAUCUAGGCCACGUCCCCAACAGGAUGAGACUGAAGAAUCGUCGUCCCCGGAAACUAACAACGGGAGAUGUCAGGAAGAUGAGAGUUAAAUCCAGUGUGUGCAGUUGGAGCGCCGCCAAUAAGUUUCGGCGGUGCGUGGGAGAUUUCUUCUGGCCUCACUACAAUUCCUCCCCGCUUUUCCACAGAGGAGCGUUCUAUUGCUUGGCUCAGGAUGGAAGGCUGGGGGUUCUGAAUCCCAAGGCGAAAAGCAAGGACAAAAUCUGGAGGGUAUUGGAUACAUCCGCGGCCGACGUUUUUAGAGAUGCCAAGGAAAACGAAGCUUAUUUAGUGCACUGCAAGGGAGAGCUGCUCGCUGUCGUGGUCGGGCCGAUGGGAAGAUUUGUGAGAAUCGUCAAAUUCUACGAGCCGACACGAGCAUGGCGGAUUGUUCAUGACCUCGAAAAUCAUGUGGUGUUAUUGAGUCCCGCAGGAUGCGUGGCCAUGGAGUGCGACGAGGCGGCAGGAUUGAGAAGAAACACUGUUCACUUGCCGAGAUUUUCUGGGCGAAAUCACCACCACGUCUUCUACUCGCUCUCGACCAGACGGUUUCACUGCUUCAACGAGGAGGACCGUACGUUGGACAACUUGUACGAUACGAAGCUCCCCUUGGUUCACGCUUGGAUGACUCCGACUUUCCCAUUCCCUUGCCCAAGAAGAAAGUGGGAUUGGUCGCUGAAACUCAAGGGACGACGUCGAGCAAUGGCGAAGAAUAUUGCAGGUCCGAAACACCGUAUGAUACAUCCGCAUUAUUUGGUAAGGAACUUGAGCUUCACGCAACCACCACCAAGUCACGACGACGAUGAGCAAUAUUCGAUUCCGUUGCAACGUCCUAAGCAAUCAGAAGCCGCGCCAAUGGCUCGACCAUGUCUUGUUUUGAGGAGUGGAGAAGGAGAAGCGAGGCUGAUCGAUUUAAGCAGCGGCAAAGGGGGGCAGCUGAUGGAACAACUAGCACUCAGAAUCGGUUCGAAGAAGGUGUACUCCUCCGGUCAUGGACAUUUGCUGGUGUUGAUUGACAACAAGGCUCGUUCUUGUUCUUUGUUGUAUCCCUCGUCCAUGGUUGAAAUACCACUACCCACAUGGGAAACACCUUUCAGCAGCUACGACGACGACGGAGAAGAAGAUCUCGCGGUUCAUGUGCCUCGUGGGGAAUCGAAACUGGUCGUGAUGGUUUUCGGUAGGAUGGAUGAUGAACAAGCUGGAGAAGAUGGUGUUAAUAAGGGCAAGGACGUGGCAAUGGUUUGGAGAGAUGGUGAUGAAAAAUGGACACUACAUACGAGGCCAAGCAAGCUAAGAGUAGAUGCGAUCCAUGGCGGAACCGUUGCCCACCAGGGUAAGAUUUAUGGCUACGUUUAUGAUCCUUGGGGUAAGGACGAUCUCGCCGUGGUUGAGUUGAGAACGGGAGGAUAUGGAAUAGAGAGCACAGGGGCUACGGCUCCGCAGUUUUUCAGUCCGGGGUUUUGCGGCGAUUGGCGACGGCUGGUGGAAUCGUGCGGCGAACUCUUACACAUAGCUACGUAUUACGCCGGCGACGGUCUUGGUAAAGGGUGCAGCGGCGGGACUUUUAUAGACGCCAAAGUGUUCAAGAUGGAUUUUAGCGUCAUGGAAUGGAGGGUGGUGGAAGACGUGGGAGACCGGGCGUUUCUCUUGGGCGAGUGGGGAUGUUACGCUUGUUGCGCAAGCAAAUCCGGGCUACGAAGGAACAGUUUUUACUUCACGGAAAGCAACAUCAACUUGUGCGUUUAUGACUAUGGAAAUCGCACCAUUUCGUCGAGCUUGCUUGGCCCUGAUGUGGACGACAGUUGGGUGGCAUGUGGGUUUGUAAUGUUGUAUGACUAGCUAGCUAUAGCUAGGGGAAUCGGGACUAGAUAGUGUGACGUCGCGCGCCCUUGUGUUGUUAUUGUAACAACACUAGUCUCCAACCAAUAGGAAGUUAGGAUUGUGAUCGACGACUUUUUAUUAUAUCAACGGCCCACAAGUUAGGAUUGUUGUGAUGGUUACGUUGUAUAAGCUUAAAAUAAAUUAUUAUGUUUUUUUUUAGUGGAAAAUAUCAAAAUGAAACUUUUAUAUAUGAGUGAACUUGGCAUGAUAACUCUCUGAAUAAUAACCUUAUUGCUAAAACAUUCGUUUUACUUCUAUCAUAUUUGAAACUAAACGUUUAGAAUAAUUAAUUUCGAGUAUGGUCUUUUAUAAUAAAGACAACAUAUGAAGAUCGAACAAAUUUAAAAAAAAAAGAGCCACAAGCUAGGGUUUCAGGGUAGAUUAACCUUUGAAAGAUAGAAGAGAAUAAUUACAUGGAGUUGUGCAUGAGCCCAUUGUCAUCAUAUAGUUCGUGAAAUUAUGAGAUGAGAAAGGAGUGGGAGAAUUCCCAAAAUAUUGUUUUUUUUAUUAUCUACCAUCAAUAUGGUGGUUUUAAAUAUAUUUACACAGAUAUUGUGUUUUUGUGGGGAAAGAGAUGCGGGCUCGCAAGAGACUCAAUUUUAUUAGUUUGAAAUGCGGAUCCAAAAUGGACUUGGGCGGACCCGCGUCUGGUGCGGAAACGCAUGGACUCAGCGGACCCGCAUUAGUAGAAAAAAUUAAUAUCAAUUUUGGUCACUCGAAUUACUGAAACAUGUCACAUUUAGUCACUCUCCCGUUACUUAUUUUUAAUGAAUGUCACUCGAAUUACUGAAAUAUAUCACAUUAGUUAGUUUCCCGUUAGUUCCUGUCCAGCUCCAAUGUGACAUAUUUCACGUGAAUUUUUUUUUUUUUUUUGUGUUAGUUUCCCCUAAUAUUUGCCCGGCGAUAUUGAAAUUUAUGAAGGUAUAGUGGCUCUUCCACACCUUCUGAUAUUCAUGAUUGUUUGGCAAAAGCCAAAACACAUUAUAUGUUAUAAUGGUCCACGUGGAAACCUAGGAGAGACCCUUUUUACCUUGUUACUUUGAACCUGAAUGAAGGUUUUUUGGGUAGCCAUGAUGUUUGGAGAUAUAUGCCAACAUAUGUUUAUAUUAAUUAAAUAAUUAAAUAAUUAAUAUUCCCAAACUUUUGUGUGCAUGGUUUCUUCUCCCAAAUGCACUGCAUCUGCAUCGGCGUAAUUUUAUAAUAAUAAUCACCAGUUGGGUUUUGUUUAUUGUUUGUUGUUUCCGGUGACCCAUCAAUCCUCCUCUCUGUUCUUAGUGUUUAAUAAUCUGUCUCUUUCUGUUAAUGAUGAAUAUGUUUUUUUUUUCUUCUGUUAUUUCAAAGUUCCUUUCUUCAGGUUAUCGUUUACCAGUAUCCGGAGACUUAAGAAAUACGUACAUAAAUACAUGCUCUGAAUCUGAACGUAUGUAUACAGAUCUUAGGAUUGGUAUCAUACGUACGUCAUCAACCAAUAAUCCCAGCCAACAUCU